CCUUUCUUCAAUUUGGCGUCUACAUCCGCCAUCCUUCUCUCUCCGCUCCGAGAGUAGAACGGUCACCCCAGGACUCCGACAUGCUGUCAGUACGCGUCGCAGCGGCUCUGGCCCGCUCUCUGCCUCGACGGGCCGGCUACGUGUCCAAAAAUGUUGCUGCAGCAUGUGUUGGAGUUAGGAACCUCCACACCACCAGUCCAUGGAUGCAGAAAAUAGGCACCGCUGAGGUUUCUUCCAUCCUGGAGGAGAAAAUCAUGGGAGCGGACACCAGCGCUGACUUGGAGGAAACCGGCCGAGUGCUCUCCAUUGGUGACGGUAUUGCUCGAGUGUACGGUCUCAGGAACGUGCAGGCCGAGGAGAUGGUGGAGUUUUCCUCUGGGCUCAAGGGCAUGUCUCUGAAUUUGGAGCCGGACAACGUUGGCGUUGUGGUGUUCGGUAACGAUAAGCUGAUCAAGGAAGGAGACAUUGUCAAGAGGACUGGCGCUAUUGUGGAUGUUCCUGUUGGUGAAGAACUGCUUGGCCGCGUUGUGGAUGCUUUGGGAAAUGCUAUUGACGGGAAGGGUCCCCUUGGCUCCAAUACCCGCAGGCGGGUGGGUCUGAAAGCCCCUGGCAUCAUCCCUCGUAUCUCCGUGAGGGAACCUAUGCAGACUGGCAUCAAGGCCGUGGACAGUUUGGUGCCCAUCGGCCGUGGACAGCGUGAGCUCAUCAUUGGCGACAGGCAGACUGGAAAAACUGCCAUCGCUAUUGAUACCAUCAUCAACCAGAAGCGCUUCAACGAAGGGACUGAUGAGAAGAAGAAGCUGUACUGCAUCUACGUGGCCAUCGGCCAGAAGCGAUCCACCGUGGCCCAGCUGGUCAAGAGGUUGACCGACGCCGACGCUAUGAAAUACACCAUAGUAGUGUCAGCCACGGCUUCUGACGCCGCACCCCUGCAGUACCUGGCCCCUUACUCUGGCUGCUCAAUGGGGGAGUACUUCAGAGACAACGGCAAGCACGCCCUCAUCAUCUACGAUGAUCUCUCCAAGCAGGCCGUCGCCUACCGUCAGAUGUCCUUGCUGUUGCGUCGUCCCCCCGGCCGCGAGGCUUACCCAGGAGAUGUCUUCUACUUGCAUUCCCGCCUGCUGGAGAGGGCUGCAAAGAUGAACGACAACUUCGGCGGUGGCUCCCUUACUGCUCUCCCAGUCAUCGAGACUCAGGCCGGUGACGUGUCGGCCUACAUUCCAACCAACGUCAUUUCCAUUACAGAUGGACAGAUCUUCUUGGAGACCGAGCUUUUCUACAAGGGCAUCCGCCCCGCCAUCAACGUUGGUCUGUCUGUGUCACGUGUCGGAUCAGCUGCCCAGACCAGGGCCAUGAAGCAGGUGGCCGGUACCAUGAAGCUGGAGCUGGCCCAGUACCGUGAGGUGGCAGCCUUUGCUCAAUUCGGUUCCGACCUGGACGCAGCCACACAGCAGCUGCUGAACCGCGGUGUCCGUCUCACUGAGCUCCUGAAGCAGGGCCAAUACUGUCCCAUGGCCAUCGAAGAGCAGGUCACAGUCAUCUACGCUGGCGUGAGGGGACAUUUGGACAAGAUGGAGCCCAGCAAGAUCACCAAGUUCGAGAAGGCUUUCUUGCAGCACAUCUUGAGUCAGCAGCAAGACCUGCUGGCUGCUAUCAGGGCUGACGGCCAAAUCUCAGAGGCCUCAGAUGCUAAGCUCAAGGAGGUUGUGUUAAACUUCCUCUCCAGCUUUGAGUAACAUUUUCAGUUUGUUUCGGUCGUCUUUUGUGAUUUACAUAGUGCUUCGUCAGUUGUACUUUCUAUGAAACCUCCAAGUGGCACCCGAUCCGUAAUGUACAGAAAUCUCUUUGCCGAGAAUAAAGUAUUCCAGCUCGUG